UUCUUUCUAUCGCCGUUUCUCAACCAGUAAAAAUCCCCUUGCUCAAAUUAAUUAUAUACCCCCCCCCCCCCAUACAGACCAAACCCUAGAUACAAGAACAACUUCGACGAAGAUGAGCCUAUAAAACUGGGAUGAAUUAGUAGAAUUAAUUUUGAAUUUAUACACAAAUUUGUCCGAGGACUUCAAUUUUUUGUUUUCAAAUCGUUUGUAGUAGCAGCAGCCAGUAUCACAAUAAGCUUCUCUUUCUCAUUAGUCAAGUCAGUAAGGACUCAUUCAAGAGCCGCUUCAUUGAAAGGUUGGUACUUGAAGACAACGGUAUGUGCAAUUUUUCUUCUAAAUUAGAGGUUUUCGCACCAACUCAAUCCGCUGCCUUAUUCAUCAUUGGACUUUUUGAAUCUGGUUGAUGAGGGGAGUUCGGAUGGACUCAAAUGGUCCCCCAACUAAAAGGUUGGUGGAACUCAAUCGUCAUAGCAUACAGGAUGGUCAGAAUGGAGUAAGGGAUGGAAUUACUGGUGAUGGACAGGGGCUUUCACAAGAAGAUGAAUCAAGAAUUAAUGAGGAUGUUGAAGGUGGGAAUGAAACACAGAGGGAUUUGGGACAAAUGCAGGCUGUUCUACAAACACAGCAGCAACAGCCCCCAGGGUCUUUGGUUAGGUGGGAGCGUUUUCUUCCUCUUAGAUCCCUCAAGGUUCUGCUGGUGGAAAAUGAUGAUUCAACUCGUCAUGUUGUCAGUGCGUUGCUGCGAAACUGCAGUUAUGAAGUUAUAGCUGUGGGAUAUGCCCUUGAAGCGUGGAGGAUUCUAGAAGAUCUAACUAACCAUGUUGAUCUUGUUCUAACGGAGGUGGCCAUGCCGUAUUUGUCUGGCGUUGGUCUUUUGUCAAAGAUUAUGAACCACAAAAUUCUCAAGAAUGUUCCGGUGAUUAUGAUGUCUGCUAAUGACUCUAUGGGUAUAGUCUUUAAGUGUUUGUCAAAGGGCGCAGUUGACUUUUUAGUGAAGCCUAUUCGAAAGAAUGAGCUUAAAAAUCUGUGGCAGCAUGUUUGGAGGAAAUGCCAUAGUUCAAGCGGAAGCGGAAGUGAAAGUGGUAUACAAACUCAAAAGUCGGCAAAAUCUAAAAGUGUUGAAAUGUCGGGAAACAACACUGAUAGCAAUGAUGAAGCUGAGAAUGGGAGCUUUGAUCUAGACGACAGGGACGGAAGCGACAAUGGAAGUGGCACUCAGAGUUCAUGGUCCAAAAGGGCCGUUGAAGUCGACAGCCCCCGACCUAUGUCACCAUGGAAUGAAUUGACAGAUCCCCCUGAUAGCACUUGUGCCCAGGUUAUCCAUUCAAGGCCAGAAGCACUUAGUGCUACCUGGGUGCCUGCAAGUGCCACCAGAGAAUUCCUCAAUGAGAAGGAUGAACUGGGAAAUGCUAGAACGGAUAAAGAUUUGAACAUGGGCGUCAUUAAUGUUUCAGAGCUUGAAGGCCUAUCUGGUAAAGUUAUGGAUGGUUUAGCAGCUUCGAUGAAGGACAAACAUUUGGAGUUAGAUCCUAAGGAUAAUGAGAAAAUGGGUAGAAACCUAAAGCUGAACAAGGAAACACGGGAAGAUGACCUGAAGGACAAGGAUGUUGGUUAUAUGGGUGACAUAACCAAUGCAUGUACGCCUCAAGUAGAAAGUAUGGCCAAUGAAGUUGCAAAUGAUCCUUCCAAGUUCACAAACAUCAAAGAAAUUGCCACCUAUGACAGUAAAGACAUGCCUCCACUUGAACUUAGUUUGAAGCAACUUCGAGAUGUUGAAGAGAAUGGGAUUGGUGUGCAAGAGCGCAAUAUACUCAGGCAUUCAGAUCUGUCAGCGUUCUCUAGGUAUAAUGCUGCUUCAACUGCUAAUCAGUCUCCAACUGGAAACGUGGGCAGCUGUUCACCAGUUAAUAAUAGUUCAGAAGUUGCAAAAGCAGAAUCAAUUCAUAACUUGCGAUCCAAGUCAAGCAGUACUCCUAAUCAGCGCUCAAAUGGAAGUAAUAACAACAAUGACAUGGGCUCCUCGACAAAUAAUUUCUUCAUCAAACAAGACUCAUUAACUGACAAGCCAAUAAACAAACUUGCAGUCAAUGCCCAUUCCUGUUCUGCAUUUCAACCAGUGCAACAUGGACAUAAUUCUUCUCUUCAACCUAUGGUUCCAGGAACACAAGAUACUGCAAAAGCAGCCCUGGGCCAAGCAAGAGCGAUGCACCAGAAGUUCCAAGUUCAGCACCACCAUCAUCAUUACCAUCACCAUCACCACCAUGUGCUUAACUUGCAGCAGCAACAACUACUGCUUAACACUGGUGCUUCGUCUUUGCGAAACGCUGUUGAAGCUGCUCCAGAUUGCGGAACAUCUGACAUGGUAGGUGCUCCUGUUGAAGGAAAUGCUGCUAAUUAUGGAAGUGCAUCAGGAAGUAACAAUGGAAGCAAUGGGCAAAAUGGAAGCAGUGGCCAAAAUGGGAGCAGCACUGCUGUAGUUGCUGAAGGAACAAAUUUGGCUGCUGAAAAUGAAACUGGUGAAAAAUGUGAAAUUGGCAGUUGGAGUGGAAGUGCAAGCAUAAGUGGUGAUCACUCGGCUCAAAGAGAGGCUGCCUUGAUUAAAUUUCGGCAAAAGAGGAAGGAGAGGUGCUUUGAGAAGAAGGUCCGGUACCAGAGUAGAAAGAGACUCGCAGAACAGAGGCCACGCAUGCGAGGGCAAUUUGUGCGUCAGGAUGCAGACAAAAGUAAAAGCAGCAAUACAAAUUCCUGACCCUCUACCGUUUUAAUUGGAUGGUUCAUGUCAAAUGAGUUCGAGAAGCUUUAGCUUUGAUUGCCUAGGUAGGGAGGAAGCAGUUUGGUAAACAGCUAAAUUUAUUUAGUUUGAGAUAUUGCUGUCUAGUAAUAAUUGCUUUUUGGAGAUAAUAUUAAUUGGGGAGUCCUAUGAAGACGUCUUUGUUAUAUAGUCAGUUUGAAGAUACUUAUUUUGCACUUCUAGAUGUUGGGAUACCCUAAUAAAAUUCUUCAGUAUGUGGUGCUUUCUGGUGUGCUUAAAACUGCUUUUCCAAAGUCCCUCAUGUAACACUUGUUACUUUUUCGUACUAAUAUUAUCCAUAUCUCAUUUUACCCUCCA